AUGGCCGUUCCGCCGCAACUCGCCCAACAAUCCAUUUCUGCCCCGCCGCUCUCCGCCGCGAUCGCCGCUAAUCCCCAUGCCGCCGCCGGUCUCAUCUUCUCCGCCAGUAGUAAACCCUCCACCAGCAACACCCUCUCCCUUAAUACCCCUCCCUCCCCCAGUCGCCGCCGCGCCGCCGCCGACAUCUCCAUCUCCAUCUCCGCCGCCAGUACCGGCGCCGGCGCCGUCAUCGCCACCGCCGCCGCUAGUUCCGUCUCCCCCGCCGCCCGCACCGCCGCCGCCUGCAGUAGAGCCCAUAAUAUACCCGCCGCCGCUGCCUUCCUCCUCCUCGCCGCCGCCGCUCUUCCCAUGGCUGACUCCGCCGGCAGACAAUCCGCCGCCGCUCUUCCCAUGGCUGACGCCGCCCACAACGGGAACAGACACUCCGCCGCUGCCUGGAAUUGUCUUCCCGCCGCCGCUGGUGCCGGACAAUCCUCCCGCGUUUUCAUUCCCACCGGACUUGUUUCUGACGCCGCCGCAAAUGCCUCAGUUGCCGGGGUUCUUUCCGCCGCCGCUGGUCAGUGA